CGUAAAAGCCAAUGUAUCCCGUGCGUUUUUUCACUUUUUGGAGUAACUAUGGCGAGUUUUUAACGCGGGGAUUCAAGUUGGAAGAGGAGACGGAGUGAAAGAAAAGGGGAAAAAGCGCUCCUCCGAGUUUGUGCCAUAUACGCUUGGGCUUCACCGAGACGUUUCUGCGGAAAAGGGAGAAGUUUACGCACGAUGCAAGAGGUCUCCGCCACCGACGUCUCCCCGUCCUCCCUGCAGUACCAGAACGGCUCAUCAGAGUACCCGAGCUCCCCACGGACGCCUAAGAAGAGUCCGAGCCUCAGACCAUGUCACGGGAAGCCAGCUCUGAAGCCCCGCCCUCAGCCCUCCCCUCCAAUCAAAUCGCCCACCUCUCAGAAACCUCAAGUGCCCCCUAAACCGGCGCACCUUCUUGCUCUCGGGCAAGACAAGAAACCCAAGAGGAUCCCACCGGCUCCAUCCAGACCUCUGCCCGCUCCACCUCCUCCUCCCAAACCCAAGCUCACCCCGACCCCGACGCCGACACCAACGCCCACACCAACGCCAACGCCAACACCACCACCGCCGCCGACAACACCGCCCCCCGCCACCGCCACCUCAGAGCCGGCGAAGGAGGUCCAGAAAGUGGGGCUGCUCAUAGAGAAGUUUGAAAACUCCAGGGUUCCCAUCCUGGGGGUGCUGCCUCGCUCCCAGCUGCAGCUUUGCUUGAGGAUGGACACUGCCUCUGACAUCACUUCCUGUGGGCCGGACUCCAUUGCCAAGCUAUCCGCAGACUCCUCCCCCUCCACGGACCCACUGAACCCCAUCAGCGACCAGAACGGAGACGAGAUGCCCGAACUGUCCCGCCUCUCCUCGGUCAACAUCAGCGACGCCCAGCUGGACAACUGCUCCGACGUCAGCGUCCGUUGCCUCGACGACGUGGACCAGGAAGUGGACCAAUCCGACGCCACGGACCAGAACGGGAAGAUUCCAAACCGGGACAGUGGAAUAGACAGUCCCUCGUGCGCGGCGGAGGGAGAAGCGUUCCCGAAUGAGGACGCGAUAGACGAGGAGCAUUACGACAGCGUGACGGAGACGGAGAGCGUGUCGUGUUGCGUGGCGGGGAGCAAACGGGACUCUACGCAGGACGAGGACAGCGAUUUGGAUGAAGGCAGCAGCGGGGAGAUACAGUCUUUGACGGACAACAGCGGAUAUCUGUCGGAAACACAAAAAUGCUCAGAGGCCCAGAAGCUGCUGAACAUCGCCAAAGAGCUGCUCCACACUGAAGAAGCCUACGUCAAGAGACUCAACCUCCUCGACCAGGUAUUUUGCACUAAGCUCACCGAAGCUGGAAUCCCUCAGGACGUCAUUACAGGCAUCUUCUCCAACAUCUCCUCCAUCUACUGCUUUCACGACCAGUUCCUCCUCCCAGAGCUGCAGACGCGCAUCACCGGAGAAUGGGACUCAAACCCGCGCAUUGGGGACAUUCUGCAGAAACUGGCUCCUUUCAUGAAGAUGUACGGUGAAUAUGUGAAGAACUUCGACCGAGCCAUGGACCUGGUGAACACCUGGACACAGCGGUCGUCACAGUUCAAGAGCGUGGUGCAAAACAUACAGAAACAGGAGGUGUGUGGGAACCUGACGUUGCAGCACCACAUGCUGGAGCCGGUGCAGAGGAUUCCUCGGUACGAGAUGCUGCUCAAAGAUUAUCUGAAGAAACUGCCCGAGGACGCUCUGGACCGCAAAGACGCUGAGAAGGCGCUGGAGCUCAUUUCCACUGCAGCCAAUCACUCCAACGCAGCAAUCAGGAAAAUGGAGAAGAUGCACAAACUGCUGGAGGUUUACGAGCGUCUGGGCGGCGAGGAGGACAUCGUGAACCCGGCCAACGAGUUCAUCAAAGAGGGACAUAUCAAGAAGAUGUCGGCUAAAAACGGAACAGCACAAGAUCGAUACCUCUACUUGUUCAACAACAUGGUGCUCUACUGUGUGCCUAAACUGAGACUCAUGGGGCAGAAGUUCAGCGUGAGGGAGAGGAUUGACAUCGCCGGGAUGGAGGUGCAGGAAAAUGUGAAGCAGAAUCUUCCACACACUUUCGCCAUCAUCGGCAAACAGCGCUCCCUGGAGCUGCAGGCGAGGACGGCCGAAGAGAAGGAAGACUGGAUUCAGGUGAUCCAGGCCACCAUCGAACGCCACAAACAAAACAGCGAGACGUUCAACAAAGCCUUUAACAGCGCCAUCUCCAGAGAGGACGACCACGUGCCCGACUCACCGAAUCUGUGGAACACUUCAGUGGACUCAGACGGAAGCAUGCACGAAAGAAAAAGUUCAAAGAAAAAGGAAAAGGAGAAGCAGACGUGUAAAGGCUGUAACGAAAGCUUCAAUUUCACCAAACGCAAACAUCACUGCAAGUCGUGUGGAGCGGCCAUCUGCGCCAAGUGCUCCAAAAGUCUGGACAACAAGACGAGCCGCGUGUGUCCCGAGUGCUACGAGGCCAGUGUCAGUCUGGAGAAUCUGGGCGCCACCUUAGAACAGAAACGCAAAGUGCCUGAGAGGCAGAUAUCCCUCACACCGGAGAACUGCAUACUGUGUGGCCAACUGCAGCGGCACGAAAAGGGGAAGGGCUGGUCGAAAGUGUGGGCCGGGAUCACGAAAGCCGAGCCUCUUGUGCUUUUCCUGCAGAGCAACGGACAGGAGUCGAAAGGGGCUCGGGCGGUCCCUCUGCCCGGCUUCGAGGUCAGCCUGGUGUCUUUGUUUUCCGGUGAAAAAUCUGAAGUGAGACACGCCCUUCGCCUGAGCAGCCCGCAACAGACUGUGGUCCUCAGUGCCGUGGAGGCGGAGCUACAGGCCAAGUGGGCGGAGCUCCUGUCCCAAGCGGCGCGAGGAGAGAUCCCUUCGGACACGCCCCCCGUAAACCUGACUGAACAAUGAAGAGCCAGUAGUAGCGGCCAUGUUGGACUGCCCCCUCCCUCCCUUUCCCCCCCUUCUCCUGUGUCUAAAAAAAGCACAGAUUACUUGAAAUCACUUUACCUUGGCACUUUUUUGUUGUUUUUCUCCUGAUCGGACCACUCCAUCCUUCCUAAACCACUGCAGUCUUACGUUAACGACCACGUGCUAAGUCUAUCUUCGUCAGCCACCGUCGCCGCCUGCGUGCGUGGUUAGGAUCUUUGUGUUAGUGUUUUGUCAGAGGGAGAGCUUUGAAAUUUGUAAGUUUUAUUUGUAAAAUAGCUGAUAAAAAUUUCUUAUGUGUUUUUUUUUUUGUUUUGUUUUUUUUCUAAGAUGAAGUUGAACGUUAUGCUAUACUUGUGUUGUGAAGCAUUAACUUGUCCGUGUGAAUGUUCUGAACGUGCGAGAGCGGGAUGGGGUCGCCUCCCAUUGUUAUUAUUAUAUUAUUAUUAUUAUUAUUGUAAGUAUUGAAUGGUAGUGUAAAAAAAACAACCCUGUGACACCUCUCUGUCCUCUUCACAUCUGCUGGGAACGCACAAUCUGAGGCCUAAAGCGGCGUUAGCAU